AUUGAACAAGUGCCUGGUGCAGUAUCAGUCACUUCUAAGUUGUCUUCUAGCGAGCAGUAGUCUGCCAAUAAAUCCAUCAUUAUGUAUAGCAAGAUGAUUGUGCUUUCGGCCUUGAUGGCAAUCAGCUUUGCUGCUCCACAAAAACGCUAUCCCGCAGUUCCCGCCGGCCAAGAAUCACAAGCCGUUAUCCUGGCUCAGGACUCAAGCCACGAACCCAACGGAGCUUACAGCUACCGGUACGAGACGAGCAACGGAAUCGCGGCUCAACAGUCCAGCCCGGAUGGGGCUAAUGCAGCUGGUGAAUUCUCUUACACGGGUCCGGACGGUGUCCAGUAUCGAGUUGUGUACAGUGCCGAUACCUACGGCUUUCAGCCACAGGGAGCCCAUUUGCCAGUGGAGCCACCGGUACCCGAUCAUGUCCUCAAGGGAUUGGAGGAUAUCCGACGCAGCCCACCCAAGGAUCCCGAGUUCAAUCUGGCCGCCCUCGAUGCUCAGAUUGCUCGGCUGCGCGCCACCCUCGGUUAACAAAUCCAGCCAAAUUAUUGGUGCGUACAAACUGCCAAUCCGAACACAUCCCAAAAUGCUGAUUGUUAAUUUUGAGUCAAUACAUUAAAAAGCUUCAA